AGUUUCUUUUCGGGCGUUCGAAGGAGGGGGGAGGGGAGGGAGGGGAAAAAAGUUUGAAAGAAAGUUUCCGCGCGAGGUGGGGGGAGCGCCGAGGUUUUCUUCCGCCCCGGGUGUUGGCGAGGAUCGAACCGGCGGGGUUGCGGGACGGCGGAGGCGCCGGAGAAGGCUGGGCGCCCUCCCCCCCCAGCUGGCCAGCCCCUCCUUGGGAGCAGCGUUCCUCGUGAUGUCUGGCCCUACCUGGCUUCCCCCGAAGCAGGUGGGUGUCCCGGGCCAGCCUGGCCUCACGGUUUCUGCUCCAGCAGGCUGCAAGCCCCAGAAAAGUUUUGCUUCCAUUCCUGCACUGCCCAAACCGGCUUACGGAUCUCAGGAGGUGAACGGGACCAUGAGCAGCGCCACGGGGCCAUCGCCUCAGUACCAGCCCCCUCUGCCAGGGCCCUCUUCCCUUCUUCAGGACUCCUCUGCUGAGCAUCGUUACUCCCCCGCGGACGACCGAGGGUCAGGAGGGUCGUGGGGCAGCGUUUCUCCUUCCGGCUAUUCCUUACAGCAGGGGGCGCCCCUGACGCAGGGGCCACCCCGUCCCUCCAGCAUCGACGUCCAGAUCGACUCCCUCACCAGCAUGCUGGCCGACAUGGAGAGCGCCCGUCACCGCCGGGCCGAGAGGCAGAAUCUGGAGUCCCCUCCGUAUCCCCCCGCCGGGGCGCAGCCUGGCAUCGCCAAAUCCACAACCACCUACAAGCCUGGCCUUUCCGGGACCUUUCCUCCUGCCAAGUCUUCCGGGUUUGCUGCCGACCUCUACCCGAAAAGCGUCCCCUACGGGGGCCAGCCAUCCCCCCAGGUGCCAGCCUAUCCGACCGCCUCGGCUCUGCCUUCCCAGUACGCUGCUCCGGAUCGCGGCGAUGCCUACGGCUCCGGCUACCCCCGGGCGAUGGCGGUGCCCAAACCUUACCCGCAGCCGAUGCCAGCCUCGUACGCCACUGCGUCUUCCUCCGCCGGCCCGCCCUUCAACGUGCAAGUCAAGGUCGCCCAGCCGGUGUUGGGCUACAACCAGCCACGCCGCCGGCCCGAGCAGGCUUACGGGCCUCCCUCCCCCCGGCCCAGCUAUGGGGCAAAGCCGCCCCCGCAGUAUCCCUCGGAGCCAGGGGGCAGGACCCGCCCUCCCAACGGCGAGCCCUGGUAUCCGGAGCCGCCCCCGUCGUACGGCCGGCGGAUGGCCGAGGGGGAAUUUUACGCUGGGCCCGGGGGCCACGCCAAGGCGGGGGGCCCGGGGGGCCAGUACCAGCCUGGCUUGGCCAAACCAGGGAAGGAGGAGGUGGCGAUGGCUUCGCAGAUGCCAGCGAGCGGCGGAGGCGUGAGGUACCAGCACCAGGCUCCCCCUUGUCGCCCGGAAGAGGAGCUGGAUCGGCUCACGAAGAAACUGGUGUACGACAUGAACAACCCGCCGUCGGGGGAAUAUUUUGGCCGCUGUGCCCGGUGCGGGGAGAACGUGGUAGGCGACGGCACCGGCUGCGUGGCGAUGGACCAGGUCUUCCACGUGGAGUGUUUUACGUGCGCCACUUGCCGCUGCCACCUCCGCGGACAGCCGUUCUACGCCAUCGAUCGCCGCUCCUACUGUGAAUCGUGCUACAUUGUGACCUUAGAAAAAUGUUCCAUGUGUUCCAAGCCGAUCAUGGACCGCAUCCUGCGAGCCAUGGGCAAGGCUUACCACCCGCAAUGCUUCACCUGUGUUGUGUGCCAUCGAUGCCUCGAUGGGGUCCCAUUUACGGUCGACGCCACCAGCCAGAUCCACUGCAUCGAAGAUUUCCACCGAAAGUUUGCCCCUCGGUGCUCCGUGUGCGGAAACGCCAUCAUGCCGGAGCCUGGACAGGAGGAGACCGUGAGGAUCGUGGCCCUGGAUCGCAGCUUCCACAUCGGCUGCUACAAAUGCGAGGAGUGCGGGCUGCUUCUCUCCUCCGAGGGAGAAGGCCGAGGCUGUUACCCUCUGGAUGGCCACAUUCUAUGCAAAAGCUGCAGCGCCCGGCGGAUUCAAGAGCUAUCCUCCAAGAUCACGACGGACUGCUGAUCAGUAAACGGGAAAACAUUUUCCCCUCCACGGAGGAGUGGGUCAUCAUCAGCAGCCUUUUCUUUUUCCUCCCUUCCGUCUUCCUCCUCAGUGGGGGGGCGAGA